AAUGACCAAACAAAUCUUAAAUGGGUCUUAAGAGUCCAUAUAAAGGUUAAAGUAUUUUAAGGAGACAAUACUAUUGCAAACGACAAUAUAAAUCAAAAAAUGAACUCGAGAACAGAUUGAGUUAAACUUUACUCUGCUAGAUAAUCUGUAGGUGGCGGUGUGGUUAUGGUGAAGUCUUUGUUUACGAGGUAAAGUACAGGAAGAAGUCAGUCAUCAUCCGUGAUUGGUCGUUUUUGUCCAAUGAACGGGAAACGUGAAAAUUCAAAGUACCUCGAGUUAAAAAGACGUUUUCAAGUUGUUUAUCAACGGUCGUUUAGACGAUUCAUUCUCCAUAGAACUCUGGGCCUAUGGAGGGCUCUAACCCUGGGGAAGCUGACAAUGAAAGGAUUAUAUCCAGACAUGAAUUAAUCAAGGACAUUCUACACUCAAACCUGAAACCAACAGGUUCUCUGGCUGAUGUGAAUGCUGCUUGUCAAAUGUCCUGCUCUCGGAAUAAUAUGCUGGUUCCUCCUUCCAUAAUUUUUUCCACUCCUACAACAAACAACGGAGCUGAUGUUCAGAAUAACUCAGAAUUCUCGAAUAGACAUAUUGCCCAACCAGUAAAUCACCUGGAGUGUACUCAGUUCUGGCUGCAAGAUGAAGUCCUUCCAGAGAUUACUUUUUGUGAUGUAACUAUGGAUUGCUCUGUACUGCAGAGUAGCAAUGCAGUUACCUCUCCUAUGUCUACAAAACAAAGUAAAGCAGAGAAAGCUGGUGAUGAACAUUCAGACUUUGAGAAGAAACCUUCUUUAACCUCAGCACUGGAGAACACAUCGGUGGUCGAUCCAAAAUUGGGGAACACCACCAAGGACUCUGUAUGCCUCACAGCUUCUUUGCAAGUAACUGAGGAUAUUUAUACAGUCAGCAAUGAGGGAGAUAAUGAGACUUUAACAGAGAGUAGUGUAAAAAACACAGUGAAGACCAGUGGAUCAGUUGUGAUUCAAAGCCCAGCUGAACCCUCACUGGAUGAACAUCCUAAAAAUGUUACUCGUGACAUUAGUUCCUCUAUUGACAAAUCUUCACAGUUUGGUCUAUCACAGUCCUCUACUUCUGAUAUGGAUUCCAAAAAUUGCCCAAAUAAUUGCACCUAUGACCUUGAGGAUGAACCAAUGGAGAACUCCAAUCCCAAUGGACUUAAUAAUGAAGAAGCGCCGUCAAAGCCCAAUCCUGAUUUUGCUGACAAGGUGCCACAACCAAGCCGACACCCAGCUGAGUCCCUGACUGAUUUAAACACUUCUGCUCCAGCAACCUGUCUUCAGAAUACGACGCUGGCUCUACACAAAACAAAUGCUGUUUCUGCAGGAGAGAGUGAUGCUAAACAUCAGGACACUUUAGAUUUCUCCAGUCAGCCUUGUGAUCAGCCAUGUGGUGACACAGAUGCUCCCACACUUGAACUAAAUGAGCAGUCUUGCCCAGAGAGCUGUGAUUCCACAGUGCCACUGACGAGUAGUGGGGCGAUAUCCUCUUUAUCUACAACAAUGAACGCUGCCGACACCUCUCCUGGUAUUAAUCAGGAUAACGUGGCUACAAAGACAAGCGAUGUUGUCCAGAACAGCACUUUUGAUCUCGAGAAAUCCAAUGGUAAUAACAAUUUAGAACCUUCUUGUGUUACAAGCACUGGCCUCCAUAAUAACAGUUCUGAUACAAAAUCUCUUAGUGUUACAAUAACUCUGUCCAAAACUGUCUCAGAUUAUUCUGGCCAGAACCCAUUAAAUGAUGCCUCCUCCCCCAAGCCCUGUAUCGUGACCAUGAGCCCUAAAGGCGACAGUGAUGAAGUCCACCCUCCUGAACUGUCAAAAUAUAAUGAGACAACAGCUGAUGUACUUUCUAGUAGUCAGGGAGUCGGCAGUGGCACAACAGCGAGUGGUUUGGAGACUAAUCCUGUUAGAGCUUCUGGAGAUGUUAGUGGUGAGACCAAGCAAAAGUCACAACCUGAGCUUCCUCCUAGGCUUUCUGAUCUUUGGAGCACUCAAAUCGUAGAUGUGGAAAACGAGUCCAACACAUUCACUUUGGAUGACGCCCUAGACUUGAAUUCUCACUGCCUGAUUACAUCUACACCUAUGACUAACUGCAAGAUUUUAAGCUCUGUUGUUGAACGAGAAGGGAACAAGCCCUCAGGGGUACAGAAAAAACUAUACCACAAUGAGCCUGCUGGUCAUGCGCAGUUAGAAGGUCCGUCAAACAUAAUUGGUGACCAAAAGAUGUUCUUGACACACCCAGCAGUUAAAUCUCUGUUGCCUCCUUUGAAAGCUACAUCAGAGAUGUUGAAAUACAAGCUGGUUCCCAUGCACUUAGGAAGGACUGAACCCCUAACAAGACAGAGAGCCCAGGCAGAAGCUUUGAAAGGUGCUCCCGGUGUUAACACAACAAAGGGGCCCACAGGAAUACCGCGCUGCUACAACUUGCGUGCUGCAACAACAGUGUUCUUUCUAGUAUCUAGAGUGCCUCAUUCAGGAUUGCAGAAACCGCAGUCGAGUGCCAUACCAUCAGCUUCACAAAGAGUCACACGAGGUCUCAAGCUGCCCUCAGCAAAAUGUAAUACGCAGGGUUCUCUGGGAGCUGCCAAGGCCCUUGGUCCUACAGAAGCUCCUAAAGCACUUGCCAAUGCUGGAGCCUCAAAACUUCCCUGUGACCUCAGCAGAUCUAAAGCCCUGAAACGACUUGCAACCAGCCAGAUAGCUGUGCCUACUAAAGUCAAAAGAGAUGAUGCUGUCGUUCCAUCUGCUUCUUGUGAGCCGACUAGCAAAGCCUCAAACCUGAAACGGCUGUCAAACAACCAGAAAGCUGUCCUUGCUAAAGCCCAAAGCAAUGGGUGUGCCAAAUGUCACACACUUCAAGAGCAGCUCAAAGUGCAGUCAGAUGAAAUAAAAAGACUGAAAGAAGAGCUACUCAAGAAAAACUUGUGACAGCAUUUAAUUUGAGUUCAUACCUCUACCGGUGGCCAAGAGUCUUCUCAAGGAUCCAACUCUCGACCAUUCUGGGACAUGAGUUUUACAUUGGAUGCGAAUAGAGAUACCAAUAAAGAAAUUUUCAAAAUAAAUAAAUGCAGAAUGUGUAGUAGCUUUUAAUUUAUUGCUUUACAAACCUAAAAUAAAAAAAACUGUGUGAAAAGUCAAAGAUGUUACAUUUAGUGAUUAUGAAUACCUUGGUACCAAUCCAGGCAUCAGAGCUUUUGUUGUUUUCUAUUAGCUUUGUGAAAUCUCAUCCUUUCCUGUUUCCUUUGCACUAAGACACUCCAGCAGUCAGACACCACGUUUCUGCUGUGCCUGUGACAACACCGCUGGGGACGAGAGAGGACAAGAGAGCAGAAAUGCAGCAGGCUGCAUCAGAUUGGCAGAGAAGAGUGUUGCACAAUAACUUUAGUGCCCGUUUCAUACUGUCUGCAUUGCACAACAACACCGUAAUUUAAACUUUCAUGUACGAGGGCAGGCUGAAAAGUUCUGAGGCUCACUAUAAUGCAGAAUUAGCAACAGCAGGAUGCUGAUGCUAAUUCUGCUAUGAUUCUGAUGUGAUAAUGUCAUGGCACUUCUACGGCCUUUGUUAAAAGUUUAACAAGUGUGUUUUGUAUGUAAAUUGAGUAAUGCAAUAAACU